UACGUUUUUUUUUUCGCUAAAUAACUUGUAAAAUUAUGAGCAACCUAGGCAUCGAGCAAUUUCCAGACUACCAGGUCCCUGGAGUCUCGCAUGCGGACUUUUCACCAUACGAGUCUAAUGGCGGCUCGAUUGUGGCCAUUGCUGGCGAGGACUUUGUUGUCAUUGCUGCCGACACUCGCUUGAGCAGUGGCUACAACAUUCACACACGUAAACAGAGUAAACUGUUUCCGCUGUCCAACCAGACGGUGCUGGCCUCCACGGGCUGCUGGUGCGACACCCUCUCGCUGACUGGCCUGAUGAAGUUGCGCAUGCAGAACUACGAGCACACACACUUGAAGACCAUGACCACCGAUGCCGUGGCCCAGAUGCUCUCCAUUAUCAUGUACAACCGUCGUUUCUUCCCCUACUAUGUGUCGAACAUUUUGGCUGGCAUCGACAAGGACGGCAAGGGGGUCGUCUUCUCUUAUGAUCCCAUUGGGCAUUGCGAGCGUGCCACUUACCGUGCUGGCGGCACAGCCGGAGCCUUGCUGCAGCCGGUGCUGGACAAUCAAAUUGGCUACAAGAAUAUGAAUCUGCACGGCGAGGAUGCCCCAGAGGUAACCAAGGAGCGUGCUGUGGCCGUUGCCUCGGACACCUUCAUUUCGGCCGCAGAGCGCGACAUAUACACUGGUGACUCUGUGCUGAUCAACAUCAUUACCAAGGAUGGUAUUGAAACCCAGGAGUUGCAGCUGCGCCAGGAUUAGAUUAAUCUAAAUUAACACGUUGGUCAGGGCAUUUCAGCGGAAAUUUUUGUAACAUCUAAACAUAUUAAAUAAUAAUAAAAUGGAUCCUUAAGAUUUUGG